GCAAAUUACGCACGAGCCUGGUACGCGGGAAAACAAAAAUGAAGCUCAGGAACGCGGGCAGCAGCUCGGACGGGACGGAGGACUCGGAUUUCUCCACGGAUCCCGAGCACACGGACAGCUCGGAGAGCGACGGCGCGUCCCGCCGGUCCGCCCGCGUCACCCGCUCCUCGGCGCGCCUCAGCCAGAGCUCCCAGGACUCCAGCCCGGUGCGCACGGCGCCGUCGCUGGGCCCGGACGAGCCCGUGUACUCCACACGGAGGGUGACCCGCAGCCAGCAGCAGCCGGCUCCUGUCACCCCCAAAAAGUACCCGCUGCGCCAGACCCGCUCCUCGGGCUCCGAGACCGAGCAGGCCGUGGACUUCUCGGACAGAGACACCAAAGCCGCCGCCGAGCAGGACGAGUCCCCCCCGCGCACGCCCACGGGCAACGCGCCCUCCUCCGAGUCCGACAUCGACAUCUCCAGCCCCAGCGCCUCCCACGACGAGAGCCUGGCCAAGGACCCCUCCCUCAAGGACUCGGGCAGCGACCUGUCCCACCGGCCCAAGCGCCGCCGCUUCCACGAGAGCUACAACUUCAACAUGAAGUGUCCCACGCCGGGCUGCAACUCCCUGGGACACCUGACCGGGAAGCACGAGCGCCACUUCUCCAUCUCGGGCUGCCCCCUGUACCACAACCUCUCAGCAGACGAGUGCAAGGUGCGAGCCCAGAGCCGGGACAAGCAGAUUGAGGAGAGGAUGUUGGCCCACAGGCAGGAUGACAACAACAGGCACGCCACCAGGCACCAGGCCCCCACAGAGAGGCAGCUGCGCUACAAAGAGAAGGUGGCUGAGCUCAGGAAGAAGAGGAACUCUGGGCUGAGCAAGGAGCAGAAGGAGAAAUACAUGGAGCACAGGCAAACCUAUGGCAACACCAGGGAGCCUCUGCUGGAGAACCUGACCAGCGAGUACGACCUGGAGCUGUUCAGGAGGGCCCAGGCACGCGCCUCUGAGGACCUGGAGAAGCUGAGGCUGCAGGGGCAGAUCACCGAGGGCAGUAACAUGAUCAAGACGAUCGCCUUCGGGCGCUACGAGCUGGACACGUGGUACCACUCGCCCUACCCCGAGGAGUACGCGCGCCUCGGCCGCCUCUACAUGUGCGAGUUCUGCCUCAAGUACAUGAAGAGCCAGACCAUCCUGCGCAGGCACAUGGCCAAGUGUGUCUGGAAACACCCCCCAGGGGACGAGAUCUACCGCAAGGGCUCCAUCUCUGUCUUCGAGGUGGACGGCAAGAAGAACAAGAUUUACUGUCAGAACCUGUGUCUGCUGGCAAAGCUUUUCCUGGACCACAAAACUCUUUAUUAUGACGUGGAGCCCUUCCUGUUCUAUGUCAUGACAGAGGCUGACAACACUGGCUGCCACCUGAUUGGGUAUUUCUCCAAGGAGAAGAAUUCCUUCCUCAACUACAACGUGUCCUGCAUCCUGACCAUGCCCCAGUACAUGAGACAAGGCUAUGGCAAAAUGCUCAUUGACUUCAGUUAUUUGCUGUCUAAAGUAGAAGAAAAAGUUGGUUCCCCAGAGCGUCCCCUGUCUGACCUGGGGCUGAUCAGCUACAGGAGCUACUGGAAGGAAGUUCUGCUGCGGUACCUGCACAACUUCCAGGGCAAGGAGAUCUCCAUCAAAGAGAUCAGCCAGGAGACGGCCGUGAACCCCGUGGACAUCGUCAGCACGCUGCAGGCCCUGCAGAUGCUCAAGUACUGGAAGGGCAAACACCUGGUCCUCAAGAGACAGGACCUGAUCGACGAGUGGAUCGCCAAGGAGGCCAAGAGGUCCAACAGCAACAAGACCAUGGACCCCAGCUGCCUCAAGUGGAGCCCUCCCAAGGGCACCUAGGUGUCCCCAGCAGUGUCCCCAGAGGAGGAGCCCCGUGUCGUGCUGCAGUGUCCCCAGGGCAGGUCACAGGUCGCCCC